AUGAUGGACGAAUGGCAGCCGAACCGACCGACGACGGUCUCCCGAAUGACGGCCGCUUAUCGUGGGGCCUCAGGGGCGAGGCUCCACCAACCCACUGCCAACCCCGUUGCAGCCGCGGCGUCGUCGGGAAAAACCGCUGGCCGUCUGCCAGUAAAACCAAAACUGACAGCGCGUCCUCCUCCUCCCAUCGCCGCCGCCGCCGCCGUCUCUGAUAACCGUGAUGGUUUUUGAAGUGAAAAGAGACGCCGUGACGUAUGCACUUUGGUGGAAAAUGUGGAUGAGAAGGAGAUUGGCGAGGAUUUUUGAGAUUCGAGAGCUUAUCAGGGGCUGGCAGGUGGACUUCUGAUAAAGGAUGCUCUUUUUCCAAAUGUGGGCUCAAAACGGAGAAGGAGGUCUGGGAGAGAAAACAAAAUAAAAACAACCCUUCCAAGCAGUACAGACUCUCUGGGAAGUCCUGAAACUUCAUCCAUUCUCAAAAAUACUUCCAGAAAAAAGGUUUUUUGAGAUUUUCUUUCAUUCGGAGGGGCCGACAUUUCAACAUAAAGUGGUCAACAUUUUUUUCUUGAUGUUUUGAGCACGGAUUUAUUUGCACCGUCAAGUUCUUCAUGUAAUGGUUUUGUCUCUAUUCGAAUUCUCUGGUUAGGUUGAACCUUUCAGAUCUGUUGCAGAGUACUGGAAAUCGAGCUGCCAAUCCGGAAUUGGACCGAAAGGGGUAUAGUUCAUUCAAGUAUGUCUUGAGAUUAAGACGGGUCUCUAAGCAAAAAGGCUUUCAAAAUAGUUAUUGAAGAAUAGCUAACUCUUGCGGGCUAACUAUCUGCUCUUAGUCAACCAGGAAAAGCUGGAAUAGAAAUCGAAGAUACACGGAAAGCCUGUGUUUUUCACCUACCAGUUUUUUUGGCGCUCCGCCAGCCCAAAACCGAGAAACUCGGCUUGUUUGCCGGCCCCGCACUUGGUUUUCGCGUGUGACGAGAGUCGGGCGACAAGCCACUCGAGCCCACACGUAUCAGGAUUCAAGCAGCGGUUCCCACGACCUCUGCUCCACUCUUUUCUUCCUAACUUCUAUUUUUCUUCAUUUUCGAAAAACAAAUCGAAAAGAUCAAUUUACCCUCCAAAGAUCCCAGCUUCAAGAACACUGGAAAUCUCUUCCCGCUGUGAGAACUUCUUUUUUAAAUUUCGCCGAUGCGUUCAAAAGUCCUGCUUUGAGAAGGCUUCUUUCAAAAAAACAGCUUUUAGCACUUCACUUGGCUUCAAAUCGGUGAAAAGUUAAGAAACUUUUUUUCAAAAUAGAAGAAAUUACUUUCUCUUUGAAAAAUUUUUAAAAAUAGGCUUUUUUUCCAAGCUGUUCGCAGACCUUUAUUCCAAAAACAAAAAAACUUUUAUCUGUCAAAUUUGGAACUUUUUAGCUAUACAUCUCCGAAUAUCAAGUUUUUUUUGCUGCAGGGAAAUGCAAUUAAAAUAAUUGAAUCCCGCAAACAACUUUCUUGAGAAAAGCUGCACCGAAACAGGAAGAUAUAUCCGAUUCUGAAAAAGUAGAAUUCCUCCUAUCGUUUUUUUCCUUCUUCUCCUGCAAGCAAUUUAGUUGAAAUUCGUCCCGAAAAUUUUUCCGAGGCUCUUCCAAAAAAAGUUUCAUUUCGGUUUUUGCACGUACGGGAUACAUUUAACUGGACUUUGGACGCUUUGCUUCAAAUUUUAAAAGGAAUUCUAGUGAAGUUUCCUUUUUUCAAACUGAGUGACUAAAACAAACAGGAUUCAAUUGAAAUUUAAACUUUUUGAAGUGGCAAAAACCAUAAUCUUUCAAAUAAGCUAAUGAUUUAUUUAUUAAAAAUCAAUGAUAGAAACCCCGACGUCAUGCGUUUAGUGUCCCGAUGCACUACUGAUUCGAUUAUAUAUUAAAAAAGGGCCAGAAAAAAGACACUGAGUCGCAAGGAGCCACCGGAAACGGUGGAAAUUAACUCAGUCUCUGGAAUCUUCGAGAAUAUCCUUUUUCGUCGCCUCCCAAGAUGGAAUACGUGACAUUUUUCCGGAGUUUUGGGUCCAAAGGUUCAUUUUGUAAUGAGAAAAAAAAACCACUAAACCCAAUCUCUUUGUUCUCAAUGGAAUAAAAAAUUACUACGAAAACAGUCCAUAAUUUAUUUGCUUUUUUCAGCACCGGUACUCAGGAACAAGGAGAAUAACACUUCAAACAAAAAACGGUAGGAAGAAGUCAAGAUGUUUCAUAAUCUAUGCGAUAUAAAUCCUCAAUGCGUUCCAAUGCAGAACGAGGAGCUUGAUUUACUAGAACCAAACUUCUUCUCUAGGGUGUCAUCUCGGAGGGAAAACAGCAAAAGAGCGACUUUCUAAUGGGACAAGAGUUCCAUAGGAAGCAUUUUAACCACUCGUAUUGAAGUAUAGUUUCAACUAACAGCGGUUCAAAGCUUGGUAAGAAUUAAUUCGAGCUUUUUUAUUGUCAUAAUAAGAUAUUUGUAAAUGAAUUAGCGACAGAAAUCUGGAUGAAGCCAUGAAAAGAAAAAAAAAUCGGUCGAUUCGAAAAAUAAUACAAAUGUGCUCCACAGGAAAGGGCUUUUUACUGCAGACGUUCGUUCAUUUUUCUUUCAAUCGAAGUUUGCAAAUUAACUGUAACUCGCUUGUGCCAUCGUUGAUGUAGUCCGCCGAAAUUCGAAAUUAACUCUGAUCCUGCUAAUAUUUAGUUGUCUUAACCCUCUUACGGUCGUUUUAAAUUUUGAUGACAUACUUCGAGCACGUGUCGCGAGUACGGUUAUUUUUGGCUGUUAAACUUUUGCAUUAUGUUGGUAGAAUAAUUCUAACUCUCUUUUUUUCCUUUUUCAAAACUAUUUUCAGUUUCGUUAAGACUUUUUUCUCAAUAUUCGAAUGGUUCAGAAAGAUUGAUCUUUCCGAACUUUUCCCCAAUAGCCCUUGCCCAAUGAACACGUGAUUCAAGGAGGGCCAUCUAAUUGACAUUGUUAGCCAGAGCGGAUUCGUGCCUUUCCCCGCAGAAACACUCAUUUCCGUCCAACUCUUUUUUUGGUUGAACAAAAAAAAACUUUUUCUCAUUGACGUUUUUUUUGAGCUUUCCUGAAGUAGCCCUACUAAAUAUGCUUGUUUAUUUGCUAGUGAACUUUCGACUGGCUGUUAUCCGAGAAUGUCGAGUAUUCUGCUCUGAGUGCUCGAUGUCUUUUGAUUCUUAGCUCUCAGACACUCUCACAAGAAGAAAAUUGCUUGUUAAAGUCAGCAUCUAAGAGUGUUCCUCAGAAAAUUUGUCCGUUUUGAAGUUUUAAUAAGUUUGAGGUGAAUUUUUUUUAAAAUUUUUUUUCUAACGUCUAACCGGAGAAAACAUUCAUUUUGUUUUGAUGUUCCCACAAAGCUCAACCUGAAAUCACCGCGGGUUUUAGGGAAAUGCUUUUUUUUGUCUUUGGGCCACUGAACUCUCUCUUAAAACUUUCUUUCUUUCUCACUUCCUAUCUUCAGAAAGAAAAAUAAAGAAAUAAGGAAAAAAAAACUGAAAAUAGCUCUUUUUUCUGAUAAAUGUAUUUUUUCCGCUUUUGGUCAUCAUUAAUUUGUUUAUUUUCCAGGAAGACGCUUUUUUGCUUAUUCGCAGUAUCAAUAUUUUGAUCGAUUUUUCUUUGUUUUUUUACUUUAUUUUUACUUUCAGUUCUGGUCCCUUUCGAGUGGCAGAUCAAUCUCAUAUGCAGUGAAGCGAUAAAAAGGGGGAUUUUUUCAGGUAAUUUUAUUUUUAGAUUUCAGUCUUGAAUUUUUUUCCUUAGAUGGAUACUUUAAAAAAAAGAAUCGAAUUUUUUUUUCGCAAAAGUAAAGCUUCAGGAAAAUAAAAGUGUUUUUUUUUUAAUGGAAAAAUUUUUCUCUAGAUCGAUCCACUUGAAAAUCUUUUUCUUUUUGAUCAAAUAAAAAAAAUAAAAUGAAAGUUCUAUUUUAAGCGACAUUCCUGAUAUGGAUAGGCACUAAAUUGGGUGAGAAAAAAAAACAAAGUAGGCGGAGCGAGAGGGGCAGCAGUUGCAGCAGGGAGGAGGAGCGUGAGCGGAGUCGGAACGGGAGUUGGCGCCACCUUCUGCGCCGCGGCUGAAGACGUCCGGAUGGACGAACUGCUGAUCUACGCAAUCGCCGAGCUCCUGCUCUCCAUCCACAUCUCCUUCUCCAACCUCCUCGUCCUCUGGGUUUACGUCAGGUACAGUUUUUGGGAUAGUCGUUUGAGAUCCAGGCUUGUGGGCUGUGCGGCCCGGGCUUUGGGUCUCAUUUUUAAGAAAAAGUUAGCGCGGGCUUGGGCCAAGCUGGGCUUCGAGAAAUAUUUUGGUUUUAUAAUACACAUUUUCCCCGAGUGAUUUUUUUUACUUGUUUAUUCAUAGUUUCUGUUAAACUCAGAGUGAAAAAUGUGCAGAAACGUUACUUUUGUCUUAAAAUAACCUUGAAGUUUCGACUUGAAGAAAGUUUGAGCUUUUUUGACCGCGUCGGUCAUUUUUGCUUGAGGCCUCCCUAAGGUUGGGCCAACCCUCGCACAAGUCUGGGGAGAACUAAGAAAAAAAUGGAUGUUCUCAGCAGGGUUCAUUUUUAGUUGGCAGAUAGAGACCUCGUGAUAACUGAAAGUCUCUUGUCUUUUUGAACUCGAGAAAAUUCUAAAAGCCCUCUGAGUCACGCUUUGAUUUGCUGAUCGAAGAUAGUGACUGUUCCAACUUUCAUUACUUCCUUUUUUCCAAUAACGAUUCAAAUUCCGCACUGUAAGGCUGGCGACCUUCGAGACUUUCUCUCGAAAAAUAGGAAGUGUUUGCCGAUUGAUACCUUUUAAUUCCUUCCUAUUUACUCUUUGCCUAACUAUAAUCGAACGUACCAGGUAAUCUUUAGAAGAAAAAAUUUAAAAAACCAGCUUAUGUUGAACAAUUUGAAAAUUUUAAUGUUUCAGCAAAAAAAUAAAUAAUAAGAGAACUUAAGAAUCGUAGAUUAAUGAACAGGAUUGCAGGAAAACAUGGCCUUUUUAGUCAUGAAUUUAAGGUGAUGGAUGAGGAGAAAAAUGAAAUGAAAAACAGUCAAUUCGAAAAAAGGCCAUACCAUAGCGGAUCAAUAACCAAUUUUGAGGAAACGAGGUCUUCCAGUAACUUCGAAAUUAAUUGAGAAGUAUAAAUAUAUAUAAAAAAAUGUUCAAAUCGGAUUUCACUUUAAAUAAUGUCUCAAUACAUUUAUAGUUUGCUCAAACCCAAGGAAACUUCAAUUUAAAAAAAGGUUGUUGACUAUAGCCAAAAAUUUAUAUAACUAAUUAGUCUUUCCUCCUUCUCUUUUCCUACGAAUGAAUGUCAGUAGUAAAUCUAAUAAAACAACAUGACGCAGUUUCUCAUAAUAUUAAUCGGAAGAAGUGUUUGAAAAAAAAAGAGCGCGGGAAAAACAUUUUAGGAUGGGUACCGAAUAUGGCCGCAGGGCUUUCUGGUACCGAGAACACUUCCUUCCUGUUUAUCCAUUUCUUUUUCAGAACCAAACAUGUUCGAACCGUCACCAACACGUAUAUUUUCUCCUUGGCCCUCACUGAUUUUCUCGCAGGUUUUGUUUUUGCGUUUUUCAUCUAUUCUUGUUCUGUGUGAUAUCAGUUUGUACAUGGAUACUUUUCAUUCUAGCAAAAUGAUCCAAAUAAAAGAAGUAUUGGAGUAAAAAAAUAAAGACUGUACAGAUUUUUUUGUUUUUUUCCUCUUUCAAUUAAUUUCUUCGCGACGAAAUUUUUUUAUUUUAAUCAAGUUUUUUUAAUUCUGAAAAAUCAUCAUGACUUCUUUCCGAUUUGAAAUCUUGAUGCUUUCAAACUUGAAAAAGGUACUUUUUUUAAAAAAAUAAAUCUCCAGGACAGUAAAUAGUCACAUAUUCAUUUUUAAUUUUUUUCGAUGUUUCGAAGUAUUUGGCCUAAUGCCAGGUCUUGCAAAAUGUCAAUAUUUUUUUGUUUUCGGAAUGAUCACUAGUUGAAGUUUUUUUUAAUAUAAACUUCCAAAACGCACCUUUACAAUUGAAUAUAAGAAAAGCCCAUUUUCAAGUAUUACUCAAAGUAUUUCUAAAAUGAUCUCAACUUAAAUUCGAUAAAUCCUUCGUUCCGACCAUUUGAUAACGUCAAAAUUUUUGAAAUACAAUUGAAACUAUUCCAAAACAGCAAUUUAUUUUUGAGGAGCUCUCGGCAUUCCCCUGACGGUUCUCUCGGUGCUGACGCGACGGCCUCACUCCUUCUACGGAUGUCUUUUCGUCCACCUGAUCCUGUGCAUUUUGUGCACAAUCAGCACCUUCCACAUGUUGGCCAUCGCCAUCGACAAAUACACGACAAUUUGCUGCCGAGAUCAGAUUUUUCGGUCAAGGUUAUUUUCUUAUUUUGUUAUUUAUGUGUGGAGAAAGUUUCAAUAUUGAUUAUAUUCAAUUUGGAAAUUCAAUGAAUUUCUGUGACUAUGAAAAUUGCUUUUCAAAAAUCCCCGCUCUUUAUUUUCGCGUAUGGUCAGCAAAAAAUAUUCAUUAUGCAGUUUAGUUAUAAAAUUUUUCCUAGAAAGCUUCAAAGUGACAGAAAAAGCUUUUCGUAACUAUUUUCGUACCGCGUCUUUUUGACGGCUUCAGACACAAAAAACUGCCGAUUAGCGAGAGCUCUUCUUUCUGAACACUAUUUCUUAAAUCUUGUCAGGAGGUGUUAUGAGCAACUCACCGAUUUCUUAGAUGUAUCAACUAUUUUUUUAUUAAAGGAACAGUUAUUAGGGAUUUUUGAAAAGUAACUUUCCCAUUCACCGACAAUUUCCUGCGUUUUUUUCUUUUUCGGAACAGAAAGUCCAAAAUUCCUUUCUUUUGUUCUCGUUUGUAGUGCGACUGCGGAAUAUCCCGUAAGGAAAUCCAUUGAAUUUCGUACAAUCCAACACGAAAAAAAGAAGAGUAAUUAAUCUAGUAUUUUCUCUUGUUUUUUGUUCCUUUUUUGGGUCGGCAUGGCCCGUCUGGCGAAAACGCAAUUUUCCUACGUUUAUUUGAUUUUUCGGGCUCUUCCACGUUGUCUCAAUCAGAUUUUAUGCACUCAAAUUAAGCAAGAGGGAAUUUUUUGUUUUUCUAGGGUUUUAAUGUCUCGUUCAGAAAAAGGUAGUUCAAAGAACCUUGCUAUUUUCGAAAAUUUUCUGAAAUUUUACCUUGAAAGUUUUCAUGCUCUUUUUUUUUGAGAACAUCACGUUCAAAGUGCUAGUUUAUUUCACAGAAACGUCAAUACUUUAUUCUCGAAAAAAUAGAAGUCGUUUCACGUUCAUUCGGCUUUCAUAAUUUUAUAUAAUAGAUUAAACAUUUCUAGCUAAAUUCCAGAAAUUUCUCGUGACACCUAGGUUUGCAAGAAACUUGUUGUGAAAAUAGUAGUUUUGAGCUCACUGCGCGACGGGUUUCGAGUUUAAACCGAUUGUGGCAGGUCCGGAAAGGUCCAAUUAGCCGCGAUUCAUCAACCUAUGCGACAUUUCCGCCGCAUCCCGUGCGUCCCGUGAUAUUUCUGAUUGGAUAUGAAGUGGAUGAAUCAGGAUCCCUAUUGAUAUCUUAGGAUUCUGAGGGGAAUUGUGAAACAAAAACUGAACGUCGGUGGAAUCAAAUUUUCAAACAACUUUCCACGGUUCAACAGAAGGGGCGAGAAUAUAUUGUUCCAACGCAAGCUUGAAAUAUCAAGUUUUUCGAAAAUUCCAUCAGUGAUGUUUUAAAACAAAAUUGCGCAUUUUCGCGGAAAAUAGUUAAUAGAAGAAUCAAUUUUUGCCUGACCUUCUAUGGUUGAUCGCAAAAAAGCUUCAAAAGUAUCAAAAUUAUGAGAGAAAACGUUUUUUUUCUUUUCUACCCAGUUUGAACAUUUUUGCGGCUGAGUUUCUUUGUUUUUAUUGGGUGAUUGCUCGCUCUGACCUAAAAAUAUUAAUCAAUAAUUUGAUUUAUUUUGAAAUCGAAUUUGUUUUUUUAAAUAUUUUUUUCUUCAAUCGAAUUCCAUACGAACAAAUGUAGUAAUUUUUUUAUCGCCUCAGGCACAAAAAUGAAAAAUGAAAAAUUUCGGUUUAAAAAGCAUCCGAAAUUCACUAGAAUUUUGAAUUUUUUUCACGAGAAAGUAUUGAAUGAUUAGGAACUUCUCUACGGCCAUUUAUUCUUUUUUACAAGUAUAUGGAUUUAUUUUUUUUUUUCGCGUUUUGUAAUCUUCAAUGAAAGUGGAAGGAAUAAGAGCGUCAUCGAGCUUUUUCGAGACUUUUCGGUCAAGAAUCUGAUGGGAAUCACAUUAGAACACUCGAUUCUUUUUUUCUAUUUCGGGUGCGACGCCUCGUUUUUUGCUCAGUCCUGACCGCUAGACUCGGCAUCUAAUUCUGCUUUGAGGGACGAAUUUCCGGCCCAAGGUACUCUUCAGACCUACAAUGAUUCCUUUGCAGACGUAGCAAGGCGGUUUGGCUGCUGGCCGCUUCCUGGUUCUUCGGCUCCCUCAUCGCCAUCCUUCCGCUCUUCAACGCGUUUGGCUUCGCCGAGUUCGUUUUUUUAUGUGGAGAGCUCAAUAAUGAACGAACUCAACAAAAAAAACCUCUUUCCCGUAGAGCACAUUUGUGCAAUUUUUAAUCGAUUGAUCUUUUUUUCUUUUUUUUUUCAUAGCUCUAACCGGAUUUCUGUCGUUGAUUUAUUUACAGCUAUCUUUCUACAAUUAAAAAGCUCGAAUUAAGUCUGAGCAAGCUUUGAAUCGAGAGAUCUGUUAGUAAAAAAAAAACAAAUGUGAUACCAAAAAUCUACUUGAUUUUAAAAGCUAGUCUAUUAACUAAAAAUCUGGUGUUUUUUGUGAUCAACAAAAUUUUUUUCAAAGCUAACUACAAAAAAGGUCUGUGCUACUUAGGCUACAAACCCGUUUCAAGGGAAAACAGAAAACCUCUUGCCUUCCCAUUCUCCAUUUUCUCACUCACGCAUUAGUUUGUUGUUUUAUAUGUUUACUACUAGCGCUCACGUGGUUUUCCCAAUCAUUUUUUAUUCUCCGCUUGCAUUUUUCUGAGAUUUAUGAAGUUGGCAGCGGAGGGAAGUGAAUUAAUUAGUUUUAUCGCGAUUGUUGGUCUUUUUUCGAGUUCCUUUGAUUCCAGAGGUCUUUUUUUCCCGUUUUGAAGUUUGGUCUUUUGCACCAAAGAGGUUUUUUUUAUUAAAAAAAAUUCUUUUUGGUUGGAGACGUGGAAUUUUCUAAUUUUUUCAAAUCCCUGAACUUUCUCACGUAGGAAAGGGCGAAUGCAUCAUAAAGUGCUAUUCCAUUCGAAUGUUCAUUUUGCAGCACGGCAACUUAUGAUGCGAAAGGAGACGGCGAGUGUCACUUCACCAAAGUCGUCGACUAUCGGUACCUCGUCUACGUCAUCUUUUUUGGUACGAUCCUCACUCCGACGGCUCUCAUCGUCUUCCUCUACACCAGUAUCUACAGCAGGAUCCGCAAGGAGGAGAAACAGGUGAGGAUUUCACAGAUCUUGUUCGAAAAUUGUUCAUUUUUCCUCAUCUGUUUUUUAUAACUGCUAGUUUGAGAAUUUAUUAGUUUCCUAUUUCACAGCUGAUAGCUAUAGUUGUAUGUUCAGAUUUUGAAUGUAAAGCAACAAACUCCGCCCCGAACAAAGCUCUUUAGAUGGCUCGCUCUAUGAUUGGUUUGAUCUAACUAUGAGGGGCGGAGUUUGAGCGAUGACUUGACAUUCGAAAUCUGAACAGAAUGUAUUUUUCGUAAAAACUUAGUAAAAGAAUAGGAAAAAAAAAAAUUAUUAUCACUUUUUCAGUUCGAACUUAAUCAAUAAAUUACCGGUCUAACUUAAUACCUUCUGAAGGUGAAGUGCCUUCUACGACAAUCGGAGCGUGAAAAGCGGAUGCAAGGCCGUCGGAAGCUGAUACGGAUCCUGUUGAUCUUGGUCGUCUCCUACGGAAUUUGCUGGUUUCGAACAACUUUUGACCCUUAAAACUCAUUUUCUCCGUGUCAGGUACCCGCUGUACGUCAUCAACACCAUCGACUACUUCUGGCCGCAGUUUUCCAUCAAUCGCUGGACUCUUUGGACGGUCGUCAUGUCGCAUUUCUCAUGUGCCCUCAAUCCACUGAUCUACGCCUAUGGGAUGCCUGGAUUCAAAAAGGUAACCGGCUUCUAUUAUUAUUAUUUUUGUGCUUCGGGCUAAAUUGAGAAGGAUCUCUGAAAAAUCUGUUUUCCCUUCUGGUUAACUGUUUUCAGGCGCUCCGAGCGUUUUUCAACGUCCAGACCGACGGAAACAUGACUUGCGGAAACUACUCGUGCUACAUGCGGUCGACCCUCAACCACAAGCAGCAGUACAGAGCGGCGAGCGCCAAGACGUCGCAGUGCCCGACCACGUUCAGCGCCGCCGCCAUCCGCAAGAUCAGCGCUCCGGCUCCCUUGAUGCGGCACACGUUGGAAAAUCGUCGCAAAACUAUCGCUCAAGUCACCUAA